AAACAAACCUAGCACCAGCAUGAGGGAAACUCACAUGGUAGCUAAGCUCAAAACUAGAGGAUCCCUACAGCUGGAGCGGUGCUUUUGAUAUACAUUAUCACACUGGGGAAUAUUGAGGUAAUCUUGCGAAAAUGUCUGCGGCUAAAGUAAAAAUGCGAGAGAAGAAGAUGAGAAAUCAGCCUGCCAGUGUUCAGUAUUCAUCUUCUUCAUCUAAUGUGGAGAACAGCACACAGAAAGGAGGAGACCCCCCUGACACCGGACAAAAAGCUGAUCCUGUCAAAGGUGGUACUUCGGAUGAACGGCAGAAGAAAACUUUACACCAGCGUGGCUGGGUCCGUGGACGUCAUAAAGAUGGUGGAGGCUACGCCAAGGAGAUGCCUAAAUAUAUCACUGCUGGAGCUUUUGCCAAAGCCAGGGCUUCAGAGGUGAGUGCCAUGUUGAAAGCCGUCACCAAGACCACAAGCAGCAGCCAUGUGUUUGAAGCUCUGCCCAAACACAUGAGACGACGAGCCAUGAGCCACAACACCAAGCGGCUCCCUCACAGACUAAGAGAGGUGGCCAACAGAAUGCGGGAGAAGAGCCUCCAGGCCGGCUCGAAGAAGAAGGAAUUGGCAAAGAGCAAGAGCCGCAAGGCUCGACGGCGGCACGGAAACCUGCUGCUGGAGUUCAACCGCCGUCAGCGGAAGAACAUUUGGCUGGAAACGCACAUUUGGCACGCCAAGCGCUUCCACAUGGUUAAAAAGUGGGGUUACUGCCUCGGGGACAGGCCCACAUACAAAUGCUAUCGAGCUUGUUACAGAGCAAUGAGCAGCCAUUGCCUCCUACAGGAUCUUUCUUAUUACUGCUGCAUAGAACUGCAGGGAGAUGAAGACAAGCUUCUGGCUGCUCUUUCACAGCUGACCAGCAAGGAAGCAGGUCCUACAUUUGCUGCGGCAUUGUGUCUGUCAGGGUGCAGACAGGGCAGUGUCAUGGUGUACAGAGCAGGGCAGUACCCCUCACAACCCCUGGGGCCUGUCACCUUCCUGUGGAGACCCCGCACACAGGGCUCAGUGCACAGGCAGCUGUGGAUCUGGGCUCAUCCCACUCUUAAGAAGGAUCUUCUCCCUGAAUUACAAACUGUGUGUCAGUGUUGUGAGGCUGUAUUACCUCUGGUGGAGAGUGCAGAGGAAAAUCCCAGCCUGAAAGCAGAAUCAGAGCCUGAAAACACACCUGAGGUCAAGCCAGUACUGGGAACCAAGAGAAAGCGUUGCUGUAAAGAUGCCAGUAGACCUCCUGCAAAGAAGAUCCUGGGCGAUGGAACAAGAUUGCCCUCCACCGCAGUUAGCUGGAGGUCCAGCUCAAAUGGAAUAGUUAUAAAUGAUCUCACAAUGGAGAUUGUACGCUAUCGGCUGAUUGGCCCGCAGUCCCAUUCUGUGCUGGCAGACACUUUGGAAGCCGCUACAGGCUGUGAUGAAGUGGAUAAAGCCCAGACUUGCUCCCUCUGGUGGCCUCAGUACUGCUCAGAUGAGAGCAAGAUGAAUCUGCAUCAGCAACAAGCCGAUAUCUUUGAUAUACUAAAAGGCAUCUAUUCGACCGCUGAGCUCCCCUCAGGCACAGUGCUGGGUCUGACUGUGGAUGACCCAAGGCUCACAUUACCAAGAAAGAGAGUUAACGCUUUGCCUUGUGUAAAGCAGGCACAAGAGGUGGACGAGGAGAAGAGGAGGGAGCUGAUGUUGCGAGGAGUGCCAGAGCGCUGCUGUCAGAGUUCCAUUUGGGAACAGUCUGUCCGUGACAAUGUCACUGAUAACAAGAUAUCUGAGCAGGAGUUGAACCGUAUGAGGAGUGAGGUGCUGGUGCCAGGCUCCAGGCUGAGCCCCACUCCCCUGCAGGGCCGAGUCCCCAUUCUUCUUGUUCAUCAACCUGGCAAGCAGGUGGGACAUGAGAUGAGCUCCUGGGGUGCUGGAUGGGAUCUGCUGCUCCCUAAAGGCUGGGGGAUGGCCUUCUGGAUCCCACUGGUGUACAGAGGGGUUCGCAUAGGUGGACUCAGUAUGAGUCUGAAACACUCUCAAAAUAAAGCAGCGCCUCACUUUCCCCAUGAUUAUCCAGACUGCCCUGCGGGCAUGCGUUUUCAGGAGGAGCAGGAGGCCGCACUGCUGGACAAGUUCAAAAGGCAUCCGCCCGCCAAGAGGACCAAUUACAUUAAGCAUGGCUGUGUGGCUCCUUUCCGUUGCCCUUGGCAACAACUGGCAGAGGAGUGGGAGAUCAUCAUGCGGGAAGGAGGCAGCCAGGCACGAACCACAGCACAGGCUGACACCGUGAUUGAGGAGAUUGAUGCGAUUGAGUCACAACAGGCGAUCGCCGUAACAAAGCCUCUGAGCCGCUUUACUGUACUGAGGAGCAAAAAGGCUCUCAGGCUGCUUUCUGCUUGGUGCAGACCCACAACAUCCAAAGGUCAGAGGCCGUGCCGCAUCGGUGAGGUGCCACCCAUCAGCUGCUCAGCUGUGACAUCGUUGCUGUCAGCACAUGGGAUGAGUCUAGUGUGGGUGCGUGUGUCGCUGCUGUCAAAGGGCAAACCGGAGUGCCACGCCAUGUUGUGUGUGCCAACUGCAGAGGACCUAAAGGCGCUGGGAAAAGAGCAAGGAAUUGGUGGUCCUCAGGAGCCACCACAGAGAGACCACUUUAAAAGCAGAAUUAAACGCAGAAAGAGGGACUCUAAGAAGGCUGCCACAUCCUCUGUAACUCCUGAUAAGCCUGAUGGCAAAGGGUCAGGCCUUCCCUUUGCUUCUGACUCAGACACCAACACAGCCAAAGACCCUAAAUCCUUCAAAGAGUCUUCCUCAGAUCUCAUCUUAGGGCUGUGGCCGGAUCCUCUGCCAAGUGUCACCUCUCACUGCUCCCGGGUGACUGUAGGCUGGGUCACUCAGGGUGACUUCUCCAUGUCCGCAGGCUGCGGGGAGGCUCUUGGGUUCGUGAGUGUUGCCGGCCUUCUUAAUACCCUCCUCAAUCAGACAAGUGAACACAGAGGAAAGCUGCUGCUUCGCAACCCCACCUCUCUGCACUACCGCUUUGCUAAGAUCAACAUAGAGGUCUGAUUGGCACAUCUGAAUCUAUGCAGGACUCCCAGACAGUGUUCAAUUCUAACUUAAUGGGGUAACGAGUGAUUUGAUGGAAGCUGUGUGCCUUGACUAAUGAUUUAUUGACUUGCGUUGUAUGACUACAAGCAGCCUAGUGACUUUUUUUUUGUUGAGACAUCUUUAAUGUUUUAAUUGAACAGAACAGCUUUUGUUUCAUUAUUAGUCUCAUUGUGAAACGGAUGCUCUACAGAGGGAUCGGUUUAAAGCUGUAAAUGAGAGCCUUGGUUUUGGUAAGAAAGAUUAAACUUUUCUUAAUUUGGGUUUCCCAAAGGAAUUCAUGUCUGACUUGUGAUGCUGAGAGUAUUUAUGUUCAUGACUUUCUGUUUAAAAGUCUGUUUGGAACUUCCGCUGCAUCGAAGAGGGUAUGUGUGGGCAUUUCCUAAUAAAGCAGCUAUACUACACUGAACCACA